AUGUAUGCUAUGGAAAAAAAGUUUGAGAUCGAAAUGAAAUUAAAAAGAGAAAUGACGAAUAUCCAAGAACUAAAAGCAGCUGCAAACCGAAGUAUGUCCAUAGCUAAUGAUGUUUGCAAUGUUUUGGGUGCAUGUGAACAGAGGUUGCAACAGUUGGAGAAGGCUGUUCUUCCCUUAUACGGGAAUACUGCAAGGCUUCAGCAAAUACAUCAGAAUAUGGAGCGCACUGUUAAGUCACUGGAUCAUGUAAUCAAUUACUACAUGGUUUCAAGGGAAUUGGCAGAUCUUAUUCAAGCUGGGCCUCACACAGCAUCAACUGAUGGGCUCAAUAUUUAUCUAGAGGCAUUGGAUAAACUUGCAGAAGCUCAAAACUACUUUAACAAAAAUAAUCCUCAAAGUGUGGAGCUUGAGAAUAUUAAUCAACUUUACAAUACUGGGGUGCUCAAAUUAGAGGCGGCAUUUGAAGAGCUGCUUAGUCGCAACACUAGGCCAUUGUCUCCGACAACUCUCAUGGAUAUGAUUGCUUUAGAAGAAGAUUCAAGUGUAGACAGUAUAUCGGUAAGUGGAAGUAACUCGACUUCUGGAAGUGCCGUGGAAACAAUGAGGGCAGCAGCAGCAUGGCUCAGUGCAGCUGGAAGACCACCAGCCGGUCCACUGCUCGCUAUCCGUGCGCCCGCUGCUAAGAAUUCGCUAAUCGCUUUCAAGGAUUAUUUGAGAUCUAGGUCGAUGGCUGCUUCUCCUCUGAUGAGGGCGAAAAAUAUGUUAAACCGCGUCGAUAGUACUACGAGAAGAACGAGUAAAAUACAGAAAGUGCUAGAAAAGCGAGCUAUAAAUAUAAUGAUGAAGGCUUCUCAGACGACAGGCCUGGCUAUUGGACCUCGGCGUUCUAUCAGUGAUGCUUAUAUGGAGGAGUGUAGUGAAACGUUGGACGAACGCGAGGUGGAAGCAGCGGGUACCCUGGCGGCAGCCGUUUGUCGUCUGGCCCGUCGUGAGCAAAGGCACGCUUUGGGUCUUGUGCCUUUGCCUCGUCUGCCCGCUUUGCUCUCCGCUCAGCUCAAGGACUGUCUUGAGCUAUUAGCAACUGAAGUUGAUCGCGCGUGUUCGCGUAGCAGAAAAGCGGCGUCCCGUUGCUCGAGCAGCGCUGCAGCAUGUUGGUCGCUAUUGGCACGGUUGCAGCGGCUGCAGCCAGAUUUGCAGCGAGCUAUGCAUCCCGCAUCGCCAGCACCAUACACGGCAUUGCUACAAAAUUGCCAGCAUCAUUGCCUACGCUCGUUGGAGGAAUGGGUGGAAGGUGUGCGCAGUGACAGCGCAGCCGGUGCUGUGGACGGCACAGUGCAUCAACUGCCCGUUGCUGCGCUGGCCUACUGCCAAGCGCUUGCUACGCAUUUGCAUGUUAUCGGUCCGGCGCUAAGCACGGAAGCAUCAUAUGCGCGUGCGGCCGGUCAGAUCACGGGCGUGCAAGACAGGAACGCUCUUAUGCUCUCCAUCUAUUUCCGCAAGGUGCUAGCGCAGUUAAAUCUGUCACUGCGCAACAAAAGUGAACAGUAUCCGGAGGCGUUGAAAGCGAUAUUCCUUCUGAACAAUACUCUGUAUUUGCUCCAGGGUCUUCAACGCAGCGGUAUUCUGGAUAUGUUGGCUUUGUCGGAGCCGGAUUGUGAAGCUGGUUAUCGGCGCAUGAUCAAUGAGUAUAAGACGAAUUAUUUGAAAAGUUGGAACAAGUUGCUCUCUCACAUCGUCUUGGAGGAGCCACUGCCAGCGAAACUGAGAGACAAGGAUAGACAAGUGCUCAAGGAUAAGUUCUCAUCGUUCAACCGUGAGUGGGAGGAGACGACGCGUGCGCAGCGCGGCUACAGUGUGCCCGACCCCGAAUUACGAGAGACCCUCAAAAGGGACAACAAAGAGGCCCUCCUGCCGCCCUACUCCGCUUUCUACGCCCACUACGCCGCGCUGCCCUUCUCCAAGAACCCCGAUAAGUACGUCAAGUACACGCCAUUACAGAUCACAACGCAGCUGGAUGGCUAUUUCGAUGAAGCUGCUUAA